GAAGUGUGAAAAAAAAUCGAAAAGAACUGGCAAAUCCUGUAAGAAAAAAUUAAAGAAAGAAGGAAAAUCUGAUCACUAACGAAAAAGAGAAUGAUAAAAAAAUAUAAAGACAAGAAAAGAAAAUGAAGUCUCUAACCCUAACCCCCAAUUACAAUUUACGUACCAAUUCCAUUUCUCUCUCCAAAUUCAUCCAUUAUCAUCUUUUCGUCUAAAAAAUUAUCACACGAAAUUUCGGAUUUCUGUCAUCAAAUUACAUUCUUCCAAUUUGAGGAACAGAUUAGAAGAGUGAGAGAAAACGAUUGCGCGAAAUCAAACUUUUUAGACGAGAUCAGAAACUUUGAUCUUUAUAAAAUUUGAAGGUUGGUGAUGGGGGCAUUAAUGUCAAGAUUUUGGUUCAUGUUAUUCCCAGCAAAGGAAUAUAAGAUUGUGAUUGUUGGUCUUGACAAUGCUGGAAAGACAACCACCCUUUAUAAAUUGCACUUAGGAGAGGUGGUUACUACUCAUCCUACAGUGGGUAGCAAUGUUGAGGAGCUUGUCUACAAAAAUAUUCGAUUUGAGGUAUGGGAUCUGGGUGGGCAAGAUAGAUUGAGGACGUCGUGGACCACGUACUACCGAGGAACACAUGCUGUCAUUGUGGUGAUUGACAGCACAGAUAGGGCGAGAAUAUCGAUUAUGAAAGACGAGCUUCUCAGAUUGCUUCCAAGUGAGGAUCUUCAACAAGCUGUUGUGCUGGUCUUUGCAAAUAAACAGGAUCUAAAGGAUGCCAUGACUCCAGCAGAGAUUACUGAUGCUCUCUCGCUCCACAGCAUAAAAAAUCAUGAUUGGCAUAUCCAAGCGUGCUCUGCCCUUACUGGUGACGGGUUGUAUGAUGGAUUGGGAUGGAUUGCCCAGCAUGUUGCUGGGAAGGCUACGAGUUAAUAUAAACUCAGAGCUCCUGUUGUUUGUUCACCCCUUUUUAUUCUUUUUUUUACUUAUCUAUACAAGUGCAUAUGCGCUGUUUGAUCGUGUAAUAAGUUUGUAUUUGGAACAAGAUUGAUUGCUAUGAAGUUGGAAUUUCUUUUGUAAUGUUUGUUGUUCUGCCUGAGAUGUCUUUCCAAUACUGCACUUGAAUUAUAAAUUUUCCAUUUUGGGACGUCGGCCAUGGAUAUUAUGUUGGUCUUUUUAUUGAUUGUGGUUCCUUAUGGUUUAUUUGGUAAGGAGAAGGAGUUUGCUGCA